CCGGCGACCUUCAGCGCCUGUGUAGAGAGGCAGAUGUUAUGAAAUUUUCCGGUCCUGGAGGGAUGGUGUUGUAACCUGUGUCCAUCACAUCGGAACAAUAAUGUACCGGGGCUUGUGUCAUGUGACCGUCCGCAGAGUUUUGCAGUCAGCACUCUACAACACACGGCCGUUUCAUCUAAAAGGACAUCCGGAUUAUACAGGAGAGGCAGAAGACAACAAGCCUCUGAAGUUCUCUACCAGUAAAGGCAGUCACCGGCGUUGGACAGUCGCACAGUCUUUUGGGAGUGACUACCAGCGGCCGUGGUGGAAGGUGCUGCCGGUCAGCUUGUUCCUCACAGCGGUGCUGCUAUGGGCGUGUUUUAGGGAAGAAACAGAGAUUGAUGAAAUCCUAUAUCGACCCGUGUCUGAACUGCUGGAAGGGAUAGACAAGGGUGACAAAACCAAUGGAAAUAAAUGAAAGUUACUAAAACUGAUAAAAUACGUAAGCUAAGAAAACUGUUCCCGUCCACCAGCAUGGAUCCUACCGACUGGUGGAAUACAGGGCUCUGCACCCUGGAGAUUAUUGAAGUGUUAUUGUCCUCCAGGAAUGGUUUACAAAUUCUUACAGCCAGCGAGGAUUACAGUGUACCAACACUUCACCAUGGGCAGGAACGCUCUGUAUACUGGAGGAACUGGCCGACUGUGGAGUGAUGUGUUGCCGUGGAGCAGCGCCGCUAUGUCUUCUAACUAAAAAGUGAAAAUAAAAUUUGACAGGAUAAUCUUAUGGUUUUUUUUUAUAUCUUUUUUUUUUUUUUUAUGUGGACCGUCAAUCUGUUGCAAAACUACAAAUUUCAGCAUGUACCGGCAUGCUGGGAGUUGUAGUUUUGCAACAGCUGGAGUUGUACCCCGAGGACAAGCAGGGCUCUGUGCACUGAGGCUCUAUGACACCCCCCCGGCUCACACAGCAGGCUGGUUAACAGGCCAGGAGCCCUGUCUGUCCCGCCCUCACUUCCUGUAUUUGAACUCCUCAUAGAGACACACUGGCAAUAGCUGCAAGGAA